AUGUGUAUGUGGUUUUUAUUUCAUCAUAUUCAUUUUUUUGGAAAUAUUUGGAUUAUUCCUGUUUUUAGUUGUUGAAUUAUCAAAAAACUGUUCAUUCUGGUCAAAAUAAUGAACUUCUCCAGUGUCCAUCAUCAUUUCUCUGGAUAAUAGUUGAAUUAUCCAGAAUCCAUCAUGAUUUUCCAUUACCUGUGUCUACUUUUUGCCAUAAUUUCGUCGUCCUCUUGUUUGCCGGAUCAAGGAAAAUGGGAUUUUGAAGUCACUUCGAGCAGUAGGCCCAUUUUUCUCAGUAAAAAUGUCUUCAAGGGAGCCAAAGUUUAUAUCAAAAUAAACUGUGAAACUGAUGUGGCCGACUCCGAAGUGAAACUCAAUUUUGCCAUCCUCCAAUCGCCUUGCUGGGAUCCCAGCGACAGUUUCGUUGAACUAAAAGAGAUUAUGGAAUCUUCAAGAGUGACAGUGAAUUCUUCGCAAGUUUAUCAUUCCAUUGAAACUUAUCAGUGCAAUGACCGCAUUUUCUUGAAAGAAGGAACUUUGCCCGAUAAAACUUCCAGAGACGAAAAAAUUCAUCCUUUGCAUGAGUUCAGCCGUGAUGGGGUCUAUGUAUUAGGCCUCGCUGUCACUACAGACAAUCCAGAUUUCGUCAUAGGAGUUCAUAUCGAGAUAAAAAGCGAUUAUGGUUAUUUAUCAGCAGUGGAUUGGCCCUUGUUACCAUUCUACGGAUUUAUGUGCAUAUACUAUAUAAUUCUAGGACUGAUUUGGUUGAUAUUAUCUUUUAUGCAAUGGAGGGAUUUAUUGAGAGUCCAAUUUUGGAUUGGAGGUGUAAUUUUAUUGGGAAUGCUCGAAAAGGCCACAUUUUAUGCUGAAUAUCAAAGCAUCAAUAAUGUGGGAACUGAAGUUCAAGGUGCUAUGAUUUUUGCUGAAUGGGUAUCGUGUGGUAAAAGGACUCUAGCUAGAAUGUUAGUUAUAAUUGUUAGUCUUGGUUUUGGUAUUGUAAAACCUAGAUUGGGGUCUACAUUGCAUAGAGUUGUGGGUGUAGGAAUUUUGUAUUUCUUUUUAGCAGCCUCGGAAGGUUAUUUGAGAAAUACUAAAACAAAAUCCUCGAAUGAUAGAGAUUUACUUGUGGCUUCUGUGCCUUUAGCUGUUUUGGAUUCGGCAAUUUGUUGGUGGAUUUUUUCGGCUUUGGUUAAUACUACUAGGACGUUGCGCUUGCGCAGAAACGAAGCUAAAUUGGCUUUAUAUAGACAUUUCACAAACACAUUGAUAUUUUCUGUGGUUGCUUCUGUGAUUUUUAUGCUUUAUUGCAUCAAAUUUCAUCACUAUGUUAAAUGUUUAACUGUUUGGAAAGAUAUUUGGCUUGAAGAUGCUUUCUGGCACAUUCUAUUUUCGAUUAUUUUAUUAGUGAUAAUGAUUCUUUGGAGACCGAAUAAUAAUAAUCAACGUUAUGCUUUUGUACCCUUGCUGGAUACAGGGGACGAUAACGACGAGGAAGAGCAUUUAGUUAAUGAUGCUUACGGGGUCAAAGUUCGGAUUCACCAUCAAAAACAACAACAUUCUCCAAGGAAUUCUGUUGAUGAUGAUUUGAGGUGGUUGGAGGAGAAUGUCAAAAGCGAUCCUGCUUUGCCUAUACUAGAUUCGGACGAGGAACUAGUAAAUACGCGUUUUGAGGUUUCCAAAAUGCAGUAGGUGAUAUAACAACUUACUGAGUAGGGGUUUUGAAUUUUUUCUUGUAUAUUUUUGUUAUUGUGAUAAUUUAUAGGAUACAAGUCCUUGUACUUAAGGCUUAAGUUUUGAGUUUUGUUUGAUAGAAAACCCUUUCGCAGUAUUAUGCUUAGUUAUUUAAUAAUUACUAGGGCCAUUUUUGUCAGUAUCCAUUUUAAUGCGUUGUACAUAUUGCAUAUUGCUUAUAAAUAAUAAAAUAAUACAUAA